AUGCGUCUCAUCGGCCUUGCACUGCUUCCACUAGCAGCCGCAGUUCCUCAUGCCUCGCACUCGGCCUACGACUACAUUAUCGUCGGAGGUGGCACCAGUGGCCUCGUUGUUGCAAACCGAUUGUCCGAGCAAAAGAAUGCCACCGUCCUUGUGAUCGAAGCCGGCGGCUCCGUAUAUAACAACCCAAAUGUGACCGACACUCUCGGAUAUGGUAAAGCAUUCAAUACAGACAUUGACUGGGCCUAUAAAACGACAGACCAAGAAUAUGCUGGCGGAACCGCACAAACGGUGCGUGCUGGAAAGGCACUCGGAGGAACGUCGACCAUCAACGGCAUGGUCUACCUCCGUGCCCAAGCAGCCCAGAUCGAUGCGUGGGAGACCGUCGGAAAUAAGGGCUGGAACUGGAAGACCAUGCUCCCUUACUACAAGAAGAGUGAGCAAUUGCAAGAUCCGGCACAGUACCCAUUCUUGGAUGGAUCGGGCGUUGCCUUUGAUCCGGCCUACCACGGCUUUACUGGGCCCUUGAAGGUCGGUUGGUCUCCAGCACAGUUGAACGAUGGUCUCGCCCAGAAAAUGAACGCUACCUACCAGAACCUUGAGGUUCCUGUUAAGUACAACCGGGACCCCAAUGGCGGAGAUAUGGUUGGAUACAGCCUGUACCCCUUGACGGUUGAUUCCGAGCUCAACAUCCGUGAGGAUGCUGCUCGUGCCUACUAUUAUCCUUACCAUAACAGAACCAAUCUCCACGUCUGGCUUCACACACACGCCAACAAGAUCACUUGGAAGGAUGGCCACAACGCUGCCGCAAGUGGUGUCGAAGUCACUCUUUCCAACGGCACAACCACUGUGGUGAAGGCUACCCGCGAAGUAAUUCUCGCUGCUGGUGCGCUGAAGUCUCCCGUUCUGCUCGAGCUUUCUGGCGUCGGAAACCCAGACAUUCUUUCCAAGUACAAAAUUGCCACCAAGAUUAACCUGCCAACUGUCGGUGAAAAUCUGCAGGAUCAAAUGAACAACGGGCUCCAGUUCGAUUCAAAGAAAAGCUACUACAACAAGAGUGCCGACUACGUCUCCUACCCCUCAGCAGCCCAGCUCUUCCCCAACUCUACAGCUGUCGGAGCCGAGCUUCUUCGCAAGCUCCCCGCUUAUGCAGCCCAGGUUGCAUCCGCCAAUGGCAACAUUACCAAAGCCCGCGACUUAUACCACUUCUUUAAGAUCCAGUGGAAUCUGAUCUUUAAGUAUGGUAUUCCUGUCGCGGAGAUCUUGCUAGAGCCCUCCGGACCCAUGUACGAUACUGAAUACUGGGGGUCUGUUCCGUUUUCUCGCGGUAGCGUUCAUCUCUCUUCUGCAGACCCCACGGCGGUGGCUACCAUUGACCCCAAGUACUUCAUGUUGGACUUUGAUUUCCACGCUCAGGUGCAGGCGGCGAGAUUUAUUCGUGAGGUCUUCAAGACUAAGCCACUUGCUGAUAUGGCUGGCGCUGAAACCAGCCCUGGUCUUUCGACUGUUGCUGCCGAUGCUGAUGACGAGGGCUGGACUGAUUUCAUCAAGGGUAACUACCGAUCAAAUUUCCACCCGAUUAGCACAGCUGCCAUGAUGCCCAAGGAGAUUGGUGGUGUCGUUGACUCAUCGCUGAAGGUUUACGGAACCUCAAAUGUUCGUGUUGUCGAUGCUUCCGUCUUGCCUUUCCAGGUCUGUGGUCACCUUCAGAGCACCGUGUAUGCGGUCGCUGAGCGUGCGGCCGAUAUCAUCAAGGGGCGGCUGUAA